AUGCCGCAAUCUGCUGGGGAGUGGGUACCUGCUGGGCAUCACAUCGCACUUCUCCGCGAUCGUAGCGAGCUUUUACACCCUCUCUACGCCACCGCAUACUCUCAGAACCCCGGCCUCUAUGGCAAAGAAGACACUACUAGCUCAUACCGCCAAUUCAUCAUCUCUACAACCAUCUCUGACACCUACGGCACCGAGGCUGCCCGGGCACGUCCUCAGGUUGAGCAAAAGUUGCACAUCGCCGAGGUCGUCUACUGGUUUAAGCUUGCAUUGGGUAAUGGAGCGCUUGCUCUGCUUGUUCAAAGCAAGUGGAAGAAAAGCGCUCUGAAGGCAUGGGACUUCCGCGUUCCUGCCGUCCUCCGCUACCUUGCCGCCACCAACCCUUCACUUGUCAAAGUCUGCAAAGUCGCCGAGGCCAACUUCUGGUCAUGCUUUGAUAACACCCAGGGCCUCAAGGUGCCUCGUCAUCUCAAGUAUGAAAAGUACAACAAGAAACAAGGCAGAGCCUCGCUCUUCGAGCUCCUUUGCUCGGAGUUCGAAGAUGCCGCUGUUCUCGAGGACAGCCUCGAUUAG